UCACAACCACUUGCUGUAAAUACCUCCCGUUUCAAAAUAUGAGGUGACGGACUUCCCGAAACAAAUUCUCAAACGUGUAGUUGUUCUCCAUAUCGUAUUAUACUGUACCAGACCUAAAGCCUCCACAUUUUACUGUGGAGUGGUACUGAGAGACGCUGCUGUUUGAGAAAGUCGCUGAACUGGAUGGUUGUUGACUGUGUCACUGGGUCGGAGUGUGAGUGUGCGUCAGGUGACGGCUCUUGUGACUCGGGAAGAGUGUGUGUGUGUGUGUGUGUGUGUGUGUGUGUGUGUGUGUGUGUGUGUGUGUGUGUGUGUGUGUGUGUGUGUGUGUGUGUGUAUUUGUGCACUUUCGGUCUCAACACACACAAGUAAAUGUUUCACAUUUACAAUCAGUCUCGGGACUGUAGUCAGUAAAGAUAUGAGUGUCCAUUUCUAAAACGUUUAUUGUCAAACAUGAAGCAGCUGAGGGGACCCUGCGUGCACUUGUAUACUGUAGGGAUUUUGCUCUUGUGCUUAAUAACGAAAGUACGGUCUGUUGGAGUCUCUGACACUGAUCUAAAUGGGGUCUGGAGUUUGAAGAACUCAAAUGGCUCAUUUUCUCUCAGUGCUGAAGUGCCAGGAUGUGUUCACACAGCUCUGCAGCAGCACAAACUCAUUCAGGAUCCAUACUAUAGGUUUAAUGAUCUGGCCUACAGAUGGAUCUCUCUAGACAACUGGACAUACUCCACUUCAUUCUCUGUGUCUGACUCUGUCAGAAGCAGUAAGAGAUCCUUUCUGGUGUUUGAAGGAGUGGACACAGUCGCCACCAUUUCCCUCAAUGGAGUAAUCAUUGGAAAAACUGACAACAUGUUCCGUAGAUAUGAUUUUGAAGUUGCUGUCCUCCUUAAGGAUGUGAAUAUUCUGGAGGUGUGGCUUAUGUCACCUGUGACUUAUGCAUUGGACAGGCGUCAAGCUCAUACUGCAUACAGUGUUCCUCCAGAAUGUCCUCCUGCAGUGCAGAAGGGGGAGUGUCACGUCAACUUUAUCAGAAAGGCACAGAGCUCAUUUAGCUGGGAUUGGGGGCCCUCGUUUCCCACUCUUGGCAUCUGGAAGGGUGUGCGACUGGAGUCUUUUGACACUCUAAGGCUACUAAAUGUUAUCACCAGUCCAAAAUAUGACGCUGGUUUGUCAUGCUGGACUGUGGAGGUGGAUGUAUACUUUGAUGUUGUCACAGCCUCAAAGGGAAUAGUUCUGCUCUCUGUACCUCAGUUAAAGUCACAGGCAAAGUUUCAGCUUUCACUUGUUCCUGGCCAGAGCAACUUAUCCUAUGUGCUUCAGAUCAACCAGAACGUUUCAGUUGACUUGUGGUGGCCCUUCGGACAUGGAAAACAACCCCUUUUUGACAUGAUUAUAAAUAUCACCAUGGACAAUGGAGAGAAAUUCAUUACAGAAAAACUGAUUGCAUUCCGUACUGUGGAGUUGGUACAAGAACCUAUUCCUGAUUCUCCUGGCCUCAGCUUCUUCUUCCGCAUCAACGGACAGCCCGUUUUCCUGAAGGGAUCAAAUUGGAUACCGGCCCAUGCCUUCCAGGACCAGGUUACAGCAGACAGAUUGACUCAGCUGCUUGUGUCUGCACAGAAGGCAAACAUGAAUGUUUUGAGAGUUUGGGGUGGUGGGAUCUAUGAGCAGGACAACUUCUACGUUCUGUGUGAUCAGCUUGGUAUCAUGGUCUGGCAGGACUUCAUGUUUGCAUGCGCUUUAUAUCCUACAGAGAAAGACUUCCUCCAGUCAGUACAGGAAGAGGUUAUUCAACAGGUAAGACGACUCAAGUCUCACCCCUCUGUGGUCAUCUGGAGUGGAAACAAUGAGAAUGAGGCGGCCAUUGCAGCCAACUGGUACUUUAUCCCUCCUGCUAAGAAGCCACUAUAUGUAAAAGACUAUGUCCAUUUGUAUGUGGAAAACAUCAGAGAGAUUGUGUUGCAGGAGGACACUACAAGACCAUUUCUAGUAUCUAGUCCAACCAAUGGGGUGGAGUCAGAAAAAGAAGGCUGGGUGGCCCAUGAUCCCUAUGACCCUCAUUAUGGAGAUGUACACUUCUACAACUACCUCGCUGACUGCUGGGACUGGAGGACUUUUCCUCGCACUCGCUUCGCAUCUGAGUAUGGCUUUCAGUCCUGGCCUUCAUUCUCCACCCUCAGUAAGGUUUCAGAGCCCACAGACUGGGAUUUUAACAGCAGUUUCUCAAGCCAUCGACAGCACCAUGAAUUUGGGAACAUGGAGAUGCUUCUGCAGGCAAAGCUGCAUUACAUCCUUCCCAACAAAACAGACACUGUACAGAGAUAUAAAGACAGUAUUUACAUCACUCAGGUCAUGCAGGCUCAAUGUGUGAAGACCCAGACAGAAUUCUACCGCCGCAGCCAAAGUGACAUUGUGGACAGCAAAGGCCACACCAUGGGCGCCCUCUACUGGCAGCUGAAUGACAUCUGGCAAGCACCCUCCUGGUCAUCUAUUGAGUUUGGUGGAAAGUGGAAGAUGCUGCAUUACUGGGCCGUCAACUUCUUCAGUCCUGUUAUUGCAGUGGGGGUUGAGGAUAAGGGAGAUUUGCUGAUCUACGCUGUGUCUGACAUGAACACAGACGACAUUCUGAAAGCUACAGUAAAACUUUACCGCUGGAGCAGCUUUACUCCACAGUGUUCUCUGGAGUCAGACUGGAUAAAAGUCAAAGGAGGUGGAGUCACACAGAUGUUCCAGCGCCCAAUUUCCUCUCUGCUGACGGAAUGUGGAAACUGCACUCCACAGUCAUGUGUGGUCAUAUUUGACCUUAGAGAUCAGCAGGAUGGUGUAAGAAGCCCUCUGAACUAUCAGUUUCUCAGCUCCCCACGAGAUGCUGAGGGUCUUCAGAAACCCAACAUCACGUUCACAGUGACUGGUGAAGGAAAUAAGUUUAAGCUGAAUCUCCAUUGUUCCUCACCUGCUCUGUUUGUCUGGCUGGAUGUGGAAGACAUUCCUGGAAUCUUUGACACUAACGGCUUCCUGAUGAUGUCUGAGAAUUACACUGUGUUUUUCACCGCAUGGAGAUCCACCACCUUGAAAGACUUUGUCUCAAAACUGAAUAUUACAUCCCUCAGAGACAUUUACUGAGUAUUUGAGUGUGAAAGAGUGGGUUCCUUUUCUGCAUACAGCACUUUGGCCCAGCAGACUGCACAUUGUUUGAAUUUCUCAGGUAGAUCCAGUUACUCACUGAUAACAUAUUUUUACUAAAUAAACACACCGAAACCUUCUCUGGAAAUUUCCCAAAUCUGUGAAGAAUCUGAAAUGUUGUGUAAAACAGUUACACUGUGUUCUGACAUAUAAUAAAGAUGGUGCCUCACCUA